CUGGAGCAGAGCCCUGCCAGCAGCAAGGCUUCCAGGGGCGCAGCGCAGCGCCGUUGGCUGCCGCAAGCUCUCCUAAUGCAGCAGAGGAGCUGCUGCUCCCUCUCCCUGUCCUCACCCUGCCUCUGAGCACUGUGCCACUGAGCAACCUCAGCCUGCCUCCCAUCCCACAUUGCUGUGAGCUCACAGCCAUCACCGCUGCUGCCCUGUGCUCCUGUCGGUGCCCUGCAGCACAGCGGGGUGAGGACUGGGACGUGGCCAACCUCGGACACAGGCAGCCAGGCCCUGCAGCAGAGAUGCUGAUUCCUGCAGCUUGAGGCCCUUUGCCUGCUGUCAGAAGAUGCUGGAUGUGGGUGGGGGCACUUACCCUGCCCUUCUGGGCGCUGGGUGUUUAGCAGCUCCAUGCACGUGAGUUUCAGCACAACCUGAAGGCCCGAACAGCAUCUCUGCAGAAGGGGUUUUCCUCUGCAUUCAGAUAUUAGCAGGAUGCAGAACAGCAAAGUGUUCUCGUGCAUGCAGAGCUGCACGGCUUGGUGGUUGGUGAAGCAGAGCCUGCGGGCUGCAGCCAGCGCUGCUCUCCGUGUUUGCUUUUAAUCCAAGCUUUAGAGCAGAGCAAUAGAUGCUGCCUGCAGGUGGAGGCUCUUAAAGCACUUGGGGAAUGGCCACAGGAAAUCUCACACCCCCCCUCCUCUUGCCAGAGCGCUUGACCUGCUGCAUGCCCUCCUGCUCACGUGUGACAAACAAACACCGAACGUCCUUUUCCCCGAGGUGCUCCGCAGCGCUGAGUGCUGGAGGCGGUGCCGAGGCCGAAGUAAAAGUGUCUUUCAACGAAGGACCGCCUCCAAAAAGUCCCACGGAGAAGAAAGGUCGGGGCCGGAGGGGACGCAGCUCUGUGAGCGUGCACAGCGGGACCCCCGGGCUGCAGCCGCUGCUUCCCAUCUCCCCUCUCCACCCCCCCCAGGAACACCCGCAGUCCAACAGCCUCACCUCGGAGCAGAUCGAGCAGCUCCAUCGGCGCUUCAAGCAGCUGAGCCACAACAGGAAGACCAUCCGCAAAGAGGACUUCGACACCAUCCCCGACCUCGAGUUCAACCCCAUCAGGGCCCGAAUCGUUCACGCCUUCUUCGACAAGAGGAACCUGCGGAAGGCGCCGGCCGGGCUGGCAGAGGAGAUCAACUUCGAGGACUUCCUGACCAUCAUGUCCUACUUCAGACCCAUCGAGAUGGACAUGGACGAGGAGCGGCUGGAGAGCUUCCGCAAGGAGAAGCUCAAAUUCCUCUUCCACAUGUACGACGCCGACUACGACGGGAUCAUCACGCUGCAGGAGUACAAAAACGUUCUGGAUGAGCUGAUGUCUGGGAAUCCCCACCUGGAGAAGGAGUCGCUGCGUGCCAUCGCGGAGGGGGCCAUGCUGGAGGCGGCCAGCGCGUGCAUGGCCCGCACGGGCCCGGACGAGGUGUACGAAGGCAUCACCUUCGAGGAUUUCCUGAAGGUUGGUGCCUCGCUCUGCUCCCCGCUGCCUGCCAGCACCCGGCCCUGCUCACCCCUUCCCUGCAGGUGUGGAAGGGGAUCGACAUCGAGACCAAAAUGCACGUCCGCUUCCUCACCAUGGAGGCCAUCGCUCACUGCUACUGACCAGGAGCAGGACGGAGGCUUCCCAGCACCACAAGGCCUCGUUCCGCUCUCUAGAACCGUAAGAGGACGUUUUCUUGGAGCAUCAGCACUUCCCGCUCAGAGCUACUGGCAGCAGGCUGCACUGCAGCCAGCCAGCCCUACAGAGGAUGCACGCAGUCACGGCUGCAUGUGCUGCACCGGUGAGACCCCACCAAAGUGGGACAGCAGCCCUUUGCAGAAACAAAAAUGCAGCUCCAUCACAGCGCUCUCUGGCUGGGUGCCCUCGUUUGCAUCAGGGAUGCUGGCUGAACACACGGUGCUGCUGUUCACACCGAACCAACCGCAGUGACGGAGCGGCAGCCUGCAAGGACCAGCCCACCCCAACCCACCGCCAGGAGCUGCAGCCGAGGGGAAGGGGAAUCCUCCUCCACUGGAGGGGACCCCACAUCCUCCCAAGACCGCAUGGCUCGGUCCCCAGCAAGUCCAUGACCACCAGCCCCACUGCUCCAAGCCCAUCUUCCAGCAGCACAGCGACUGCUGCAGCUGUCAGGGCACAGCGCAGAGGGACGGACAUGUCCUUGUCACCACAGUGCAGAAAGAGAGGGGAAGUGGCUGCCCGGAAAAGGUCCUGACAUGCACUGGCAUGAGGCAACUUAUCUGCUGCUGCUGGCAGAGGCAGAUGGAGAAAGAACAAAGCUGCCCCGAGAUAAUGAGGCCGAGAUAAGGAAGGUCAGCCUGCUAACGAGCCAAGGACACUGAGUGAGACGAGGCAGAGGGUGACAAUCCUGAGGUGAGCAGAACAACAAAAGACAGCAGCUCUGUGCUCAGCCACAGGGCUCGAGCAACCCCAGAACUUACUGUGCCCUAACAGCUGUCACUUGCUGGACAGCUUUCAUCCAAAUUCUUCUCUGCUUCAUGGACGCUUCUCUGCAACGUCAGUGCAGUCACCAACACACUGCAGCCAGUUGGUCCCUCUGCUCACUAAAGCAACAUGUAGCUCUGCAGCAAGGACAGUCAGCAGCCCAAGUCCCUGCCAGCUGGGGACAGCCUCUGGUGCUGUUAGAGUGCUCAGCAUGGGGACUGCCUCAUGCUAACCUGAGAUGUGAUGGGCCGUGGUUUCAGUUCACCCCAACAGACUCGGGAACAAAAGCCACAAACCACGCACAUACACAUAAAAGAAUCAGAAAAUAUUUAAUUUAGAAUUGUA